GCCGCCUCCCCGGCCUGGCGCGGAGCAGCGCGGCGGUGCUGGCUGCGGUCGGCUCGUCGCCGCGCCUGAGGCGGAGGGCGCGGAGCAUCUCGGGAAGCAGACAGCCCCCUACUUGACUGUCAGGGUGUGCAGCAUGGGAGAACCACUCCUGAACAACAGCAUCCUUGAUCAGUUUGUUAGUAGCCACGAGCAGUCAUAUGAAGAGUUUCUAAGUACAUUCACUUACCUUUUGAAAGAGGAAGAGGGAAGGACCAGUCAAGGAAGUAAAGUGGAUUCCUUAAGAAAACAGUUCCCUGCUCCUGAUUUAUCAAGCAGAAGUAACCAGGAGAGCCCACCUGGGAGAAGCAAAGGAGUAUGGGUGCCUCUUCCACCAGAGAUGCCAAGUGAGAGUGAGAGAGUUAUGAAUGAGAGCUGGAAAGCUGGCGGCUCUGCUGGAAAUGAUCUCAGCGUGCCUGAAGGAGUGAAGGUGAACAAGGACACAGAUUUGGAAGUUACUGAGAUGUAUGAAGAGAGAUGCAGUGCAGGUUCAUUCAUUCUCCCAGGAGAGGCAGAGCAGACAGUGACUUACUGCACCCCCCUUUUGGAAAAGCCUCUUCAACAGAAGUUCAGAACCUUGGCAGUUCCACAGCCAUCAGACAGCAAAGCCCAAAAGCUGCUGGGGGAUGAUGUUCAGCCCUUCUGCCUCGAUGAAGAGUUUGAUUAUGACAAUGUGGCCCUGACGCCCAAGUACUCUGAAGCUGACCUGAAAGCCAUUCUCCAGUUGUCUGAAGAGAAGAAACCUGGCACAGAUGUCAAGCCAGCAUGAGAUGAAGACUUCAGUCAUAGGCCUUCUGUGCAGUGCUGUUUUGAGGGGGUAAAUCUGGCUCUUCAUGGUACCCUUAUUUAGUGUUUUGAUCCUUUUGGCCAGUAAAGGACAUCCUGGAGAUCUUUAGGUUUGUUCUGCCAAAGUGUCUUGCAGCCUGAGGUUGUUUUCUCCUGUAUCUCCUUCAAAUCCUGAGGAAAACACAGAAUGGGAAGAUGGUCCUUGCCCAGAGUCACUUGUGAGUGACCCCUUCAGCUCUUCACCCUCUACUCUUGCCCUAAUGUGACCCCAUCUGGAGU